UUGUUGUUAGCGGUGGUGGUGCUACUGCUAUUGCUAGUAUUGCUGCUCAUCUCGAUGCUGGUGGAUUGUUAUUCUGUUGUGAGAUAACACGAGAACAAGAGUUACGCUGGAAGAGUGUGUUAAAUGUGCGGUUGGAGAAAGACAUGGUAAAGUUUUAAGAUGGAAGUUGAUAUUGUUACUGUGCGGUGAAAAUUAAUUAGUAUCAACGGGCGACGACCGGGCAACUUUAACACUUUAUUUGUCAAAGUGUGUGUGUGUGUGUGUGUGUGUGUGUAACGUUUACAAUAUACAGCAAUAAGUGUAUAUGCUGGUGUGUUAGUUGUGUUGCUGUUUAAUUUAUUGAUACAAGAAGAUAAAAUAUAAAAGAGGAAUAAUUAAAAAUAAAAUUUAAAAAAUAAUAAUAAUAAAAUAAAAUAACUAAGCUGGUUGAACUGUUUAGACCCGCCCCGAGUUGAGAAGACCAUCGCAUCGUCUUGAAAGGUAUCGACUCUCUUUAGAUACACACACACUCGACGCACUCGCCAUUCUUAUAACGGCCCCACCUUCUGCCUUAUCGACGACGACCACGAGUAGAGCACUCAGAGUUAAGCUAGAGAGGAGAUACGUGUGUGUUUUAUUUUAAUUAAUGGUUAUUUUUCUGGCGACUCGACGACCACGAGACCAGGAACGUUUGAUGUUGUUUCCCCGCGUACGUUUGCCGACCGCCAGGCCAGUGGUCACAAUUUCCGUCGGCGCUACUACAUCAUCGUCAACAACGUCGUCUGAGUCGUCGCGAAACGUUUUUACGGUGAAGCUAAAUAAUAAAACAACGACACGACGCCACCUCCACGCGGCUGGAGGAAUCCAAGGUCAUCGUUAUCAACAACAACAACAACAACAUCUUCAUCGCCUAGUUCGCUGUCGUCGUCGGGCACGAGGACGCUGGUUCAAGCGAUUUCUCGCAUGAUGCCCUAGUAACAACAAAAAUAACAAACACGAGAGCAUCUUCGGGGACAAACGUCCGCGGUUAGGACGCCGAGUUAAUAUGAGCAUGACUCUCGUGCGAAACGCAUUCAAAGGGUGCAGCGGAGACGAAUCCAGUGUGGAACUAGCUGAAGUCAGCAACGGUGGGGCGAGUACUGAGGGCGGAGGUGGUGAGAGUAGAUCGGCUAAGCAAGAAGAGAGGUGCCCGCAGUGUGGUAUUCUCUGCCGGAACCUUCACGUUCUCCAACUCCACCUCGAGGACGCCCAUAAAACCGCAUUCGUCAUUGAUAAGCACGAUCUCAGUGUUCAAUUUUCUCAAGUUUCCUGCAAAGUUUGCAGCAAGACUUUUGCUAACGUUUACCGUCUACAAAGGCACAUGAUCAGCCACGAUGAGAGCGCAGUAUUGCGCAAAUUUAAAUGCCCACACUGUGAAAAGGCAUUUAAAUUUAAGCAUCAUCUAAAAGAACAUCUACGAAUUCAUAGUGGAGAAAAGCCAUUUCAAUGCAACAACUGCGGUAAACGUUUUUCGCACUCGGGUUCUUACUCGAGUCAUAUGACGUCAAAGAAGUGCCUGAUAGUAAACCUAAAAAAAUCACGACAAAGCACAAUAAGCAGUAUAGAACGGGCUACUAAAAAACCUCAAAUACAACAGGGAGGACAGUCAUUGCAGUCCCGUGGUGCUCGUGAAAUCGAUAUUCAUGCUGCUAAUAACAAUACUUUUUUACCAAUUCUUCCCAAGCUCUCGCCUUCAGACUACCAUGAGCUGCAGCGAGAAACUACGGGCAUUUAUGAUAUGCCAACUCUGCUACCUCCGAUAGUUAAUUUCAGCAGUUUAUUUCUUCAAUCGUCGCUUGGUAAAAUUCUCAAUCAAUUACAGACUAAAAGAUUAGACGAGGUUGCGUCUGAACAUUACGAAGCGCAUCGUGAGACUCUGAGCCCGUCGACCGCGGAUUCUGAAGAAACUGAAGGAGCUGAAGGAAAAUACUCACCGGUGCCAACUGAUCCUCAGGGCUUAGACGCAGUGCGUCGUAUUUUAGAGACGGUUAAUACUUCCGUGACAAAACAGUUGCUUGAAGCUAAUGUCAGAAAACUCACGACCUCACCGGAAACGAUAAAGCGUGAGUGUGAUGAAGACUAUCACGAUCAGGAUAGUGAAAUGUCGGGUGAAACAACUCACUAUCAAGACUGGCAAGCUGGUGACCAGUGUGACUCACAGAGCGAAGGUUUAGCAGCCAAGCUCGAGGAUGCAAGUCAAUCUAGUACGAAAGCUCGGCGUGGAUCCAAACGAAAAGCCGAAGAAGGUUUUGCACCUGAAAGUUCCAUAGAGGCUGACUCUGACGAUGAGGAUGAGUUGAAUAAAACCCAAGCGGAACCCGGAAGAAGAGUUAGAGCGCGAUCGCUUAUCGACGACGAACAACUGGCCGUCCUCAAGGGCUACUACGCCAUAAAUCCACGUCCCAAGAAAGAAGAAAUUGAUAUGAUUGCUAAUUAUAUUAAUUUUCCGAAACGUGUCGUCCAAGUUUGGUUCCAAAAUUCUCGUGCUAGAGAUCGUCGGGAAUUGAGAAUGCCUGCCCUCGUUCCUCUGGCAAAUAUUGAAAAUCACCAGCUGCCUCUAGAGCAGCCUUUAGAUCUAUCCAAGAAAGAAAGUCUCACAAUAACCCCCUCAGUUAAAGACAAUGAUAUUAUUAGCAAUAGAAAUAACGUUUCAUCACCACACGAACCAAAAGAUUAUAAUAAAAUCAUACAAAUGACUGUGCCUCAUUCGGAAGUUGAUGAUCUUGAUGAAUUACCCUUAGUUAUUGAUGAAGAAACCCCUGAUCCGGUUGAAAUUAAAAAAGAAGUAUCUUCCGCCGGUGACAAUGUAGUAAAGAAUCAAUCAAGGGCCUACGUAAAGUCUGAGCGUGAGAAUGAUAGGCCUGUGCCAGAUGCUCCUCCUUCGACAGAGACCGAACAAGAGGGCGUGUACGUGUGCGAUCAAUGCGAUAAGACCUUCUCCAAGCACAGCUCACUUGCUAGACACAAGUAUGAACAUUCCGGGCAAAGGCCGUAUAAAUGCGAGGAGUGUCCGCGGGCUUUCAAACAUAAGCAUCACUUGACGGAACACAAGCGUCUUCAUACCGGCGAAAAACCAUUUCAGUGCACCAAGUGCCUAAAGCGCUUCUCACACUCUGGAUCUUACAGUCAGCACAUGAAUCACCGGUCCUCUUACUGCAAACCGUACAGAGAAUAGAACGAGGGCUAUCAUCAUCAUCGUCAUCAUAAUCAUCCUCCUACAGCUUGUUCAAAGUUUAAAUUUUCACAGUACACAUUCAAACAAGUACGUACUACGAACUUUCUUUCACUCGUGACUUAACAUUUAGGUCUCUUGGCUGUAAUUACUACUCCUGGUCACACUCAACACACACUGAACUCUAACUAUACAUACACGUCAGAGGGUACAAUACGUUUAGAGAGGAACGGGUUUAUUACUUCCGACUUGGUCCAGGUGUAUACCUUCGGGACAUAAACAAGAAAUGGAAAAGCAGGAUAUUACGAAACAUCACACACAACGAUCACGGCAACUCACUUUAUACAUGCUAAUGCUAACCGGGUGAUUUUAUAAACUUCUCAUCACUCAAUAAUAUUAUUUAAACGGUCUUAAUAAUUAUUUAAAUUUAUAACGGAUAAGUUUUAAAUUAUAAAUGAUAAUACCAAGGCCUCAGGCAUCUUCUUUGCCCGCAUACUAGAUCAACAUUUAUUUAACGAAUAUUAAAUGGUUGAUGAUAUAAUAAACUUUAAUUAAUAAUAUAAAUCUUUGAUGAUGCAAAUAACCAAGAAAAAAAAAACUAAAGUAACGGUACCAAAAAAGCAUAAUGCAAUAAUCUAUUAUAUAUAAAUAUAUAUAAUAUAAUAUACAUAAUAAUAUUUUAUUAUUUUUAUUGAAAAUAAAUGAAAAAAAAAAAAAUAUUAUAUAUACCAAGACAAUAAUAAGGAACUAAUUAAUGUACAAAAUUGUUAGCUACGUUCACUGAUUAAGUGCGCGAUAUUAUUCGGUGAUGAUUAACGGGUGACAUUAAAUACUACAAUAAUAGUGACAAAGUUAAUAAUUGUCAAUCUCAAAUUAAAAUUUAAAAAGAAAAUAAUAAAUAGGUUUAAAUGCGCAAGCUUAUCGUUUUGAUAAAGACAAAGACGCUUGGCAUUGAGAGUAAUU